UACGUUAAGAACUACGAUGAUAUCGAAAUAUAAAACGUUGUGGAACUUACGUCCUUACAAUAGGAGUAUUUGGAAAAACAAUUCAAUGCUAAAAUACAGGAAUAUUUCAUCUUCUGAGGCAAAAGUUAAAAAAGAUACGACUUCAAGAUAUAACAAAUUUGGAAUUCAGAUGUUACCAGAAAAAUUACACAAGCAAAUUUUUAAAGAAACGAGAAUAAAAGACGAGAAUCCGAAACAAAUUCAGCAAAGCAUUGAACAUUUGGAUAAGUUUGGUCUGUGGGGUAAGGAGCAGGAAUCUCUGCCUGAUUAUGACGUCACAUUGCCGAAAUUAUAUGGUAACAAUGUGAAUGAACAUUUUGAAAAUGUUGCUUCUGAGCAAAGUAGGCCUUAUAGGGAAGCUUUGAACAAAUUAGUAAAAAAUGAGCUUCCUAAUAUGCCGGGCCUUGAUGACUGGGUGGAUCAACCAGGGUGGACAAGAUACACUUAUUUUAAUGGUAAAUUAAUGACUGAACCUGUGGAAUACCCGGCUGGUGAUGCUGUUGUGUUCGAUUGUGAAGUUUUGGUAAGUGCAAGUGAAGCACCGAUAAUGGCAGUGGCUGCUUCUACAGAUGCUUGGUUUUCAUGGAGUAGCUCAUGCUUAAAACAGGAGGAUCCUAGAAUGGAGGCGAACCUAGAAUCCAUGAUACCCAUUGAGUCAGCGGUACACGUUAAAGAAAAUUGUACAGAAUGCAAACUUGUAAUUGGGCACAAUGUGGGCUAUGAUAGGGCGAGAAUUCAAGAGCAAUAUUAUUCUCAAUUGACCAAUGUAAGGUUCUUGGAUACAAUGAGUAUGCAUAUAGGUGUCAGCGGUUUUAAUUUUCAGCAACGGGUUUUGUCACAAGCCACAAGGUCUGAGGUUGGGGAGAAUUUUGUUUCUGGAUCUUCUGCGUUUGAUAAUGAUUGGGUGUCAAUGGGGACCACUAAUGCAUUGAAAGAAGUUCAUAAGUUUUACUGUGGGAAAACAUUAGAUAAGGAAUUAAGGGAUGUUUUCGUGACCGGUAACAUUAAAGAUGUGAGAGAGAAUUUUCAAGAGCUAAUGUGGUAUUGUGCUAAAGAUGUACAAGCUACGUAUAACGUGCUGGCAAAGUUGACUCCUUUGUUUUUUGAUCGUUUUCCGCACCCUGUUACUUUUGCAGGAAUGCUUGAAAUGGGCCAGAUGUAUUUACCUGUGAAUAACAACUGGUUCAGGUACAUACGGUCAUGUCAGGACCAAUACAACAGCUUAAACUUGGAACUGGAAAAACAUUUGACAGGUUUAGCAAGCGACGCAUGUCACUAUGCUGUCAAUGAGAAAUAUAAAACAGAUAAAUGGCUGUGUGACCUGGACUGGACCACCCGUCCGUACAAAUUGUUAACUAAACCACGAAAAGGUUGGGUGGCAAAGGAAAAACCUGAUUUAAAAGUAAAAUCCUAUCUUUUACCGUUGGACUACAAUACUGAGGAAUUAAAGUUCUUGGGUAAAUCUAUUAGAAAGGAACGAAAAAAGCUUGAUUUGAUUGAAAAACUGAAUGAAACUGCAAACAGAUUGCCGCUGGUUAAACCUCAUAUGCCAGGUGCUCCUAAGUGGUACAGUGAGCUGUGUGUGCCUGAGAAAGAUCAAAACUGGAAGCCAGGAGCUACAUUGCUUUCUACCCUCACUAGAGUGACUCCCAGACUUCUACGUUUGAUGUGGCAGGGAUGUCCUCUUUACCAUGUGAAGGAUUAUGGAUGGGGGUAUUUGUGUCCGGAUCAAACUGCUCCUCCAGUUGAGAAAAAGGUUGAAGAUGAGGAUUUAUUGAAAGAAGUCGAUCAAGAAUCAUGGAACAAACAGGAGGUGCAAAGCAACCAUACGCCUGCGGAAAACAUCGAAGGACUUCCAGAUGGUUACACAUUUCAUAGACUUCCCCAUGCAGAAGGUGCUGGGAAAAAUGUUGGGAGUCCGCUGUCUAGGGAUUUUAUAUCGCAUGUUGAAAGUGGAUUACUGAGCUCUUAUAACCCAUUAGAUGCCCUGAGAUGUUUGGAAAUCAACAAAAUAACAUCUUACUGGCGAUCGUCGCAAAAACGAGUUUUGAAUCAAAUUGUAGUGGAAGUUGCUAACGAUAAACGAAGAGAUUGUAAUAAUACACCAAAUGAGUUUAACAAUAAAGAUAUGGCCUACAGUGCUAUCGUUCCUCAAGCUAUCGUGUGUGGUGCUGUUUCUCGUAGGGCGGUGGAACGCGUAUGGCUUACUGCUAGUAACCCGCAGUUGGAUCGUAUUGGUAGUGAGUUAAAAGCAAUGGUACAAGCGCCGCCUGGGUUUUGUUUUGUCGGUGCCGACGUUGACUCGCAGGAGUUAUGGAUUGCCUCGUUGCUCGGCGAUGCGUCUUCUGCGAAAGAACAUGGAUGCACAGCGCUCUCUUGGAUGACGCUACGCGGUAAUAAAAAGGAAGGUACCGACCUACACAGCACUACAGCGGCGUCAAUCGGGAUAUCUCGGGAUCAGGCGAAGGUUUUCAAUUACGGUCGUAUGUAUGGUGCUGGAAAGAAAUCAUCGCUUCGAAGUUUAAUGCAGUUUAAUAAGGAUCUAUCAAGGGAAGAAUGCAUUGCUAAAGUGAAUAAGUUGUACGGUAUAACGAAAGGUGAGGUACAGUAUAAGCUAAGCCGUGAUGCGCUAUGGAUUAUUCAGAAAACCGGCAUUGAAUUAAACUCUGAAGCGAUGACGAGCGGUUACGCGUCAUUUGAUGACGUCACGCUUAUUCAGAAUGUUGCGAACGAAGCGUCGAACUAUACAGCCAGAAUAAACCGGAAUGAUCUGGUUUGUGGUAGGCGUUGGCACGGCGGAAUAGAGUCCCAUAUGUUCAACAAAGUAGAAGAAAUAUCGAACAGCAAGACUCCAAAAACGCCUGCACUUGACUGCAAAAUCAGCCGCGCGCUUGAGCCGGGCAAAGUGAACGGAAAUUUCGUAACUACUCGCAUGAACUGGGUCGUUCAAAGCUCGGCUGUUGAUUAUUUGCACCUACUGCUCGUAUCAAUGCGGUGGUUGAUUGAAAAAUACAAACUAGACUGCAGAUUCGUGUUAAGCAUACAUGAUGAGGUCCGUUAUAUGUCCAGUUAUGAACAUCGCCACAAAACUGCGCUUGCCCUGCAAAUUUCGAACCUUUUAACGCGUUCUAUGUUCGCCUACAAGCUGGGUAUGGACGACUUGCCUUUGGGAGUUGCAUUUUUUAGCUGCAUAGAAGUGGAUAGUGUGGUUCGAAAAAGCGCCGACGAUGAUUGCGUAACACCCUCUAACUCUGAGGGUUUAUCAGCAAGAUACGGAAUACCACUGGGCGAAUCUUAUGACGUUAAUGAAAUAUUAAAAGCCACAAAUAACGGCCAAUUUCAUUAAUCUUUUUUAAUAUUACUAGCAAUUUCUUUUUAUACUAUGUUGUUACUGCCAUACUUUAACAAAUACAGCACUUCUGGCAAUUUAUUAUUUUUCUGCUUACCACUGUUUUGACAUGUUCAGGUCACUUUUUAACAAAACACAAAGUUAAUUGCCAGAAUAACUUUGUUGAAUAAACAUGUUCUUGCGUUUCAAUUUUUUAUCGUCUUCUUUAUGUUGCAAGUUUUAGUUCGAUUUUUAACUCAUUUUUUGGUCCCUUUUUAACUUUAAUUUUCAGGAUAUUAGUCUUAUACUUGUAUCUUCGUUAUUAAUAAUGGUUUUAGUUCAUUAUGUUCAUAAUCGUGUGAUUUUAUUUGAAAUACCAACAGACGUUUUGA